AGGGAGUAUAGUAGCAAAAACACAAAGGCUCUCUCCUAUUUCCUUCCUUCUUCAAAAAACAAAAAAAAUCCCUUCUUUGUAUAUACACACACAUAUACACAGAUAUACGCUUUUGUGUGUGUGUUUUUCAAUCGUUUUUUUCGUUUAAUUAGGUGAACUUUCAAGCCAAUGUUCGGUAAAUUUUUUGAAUUUCAAAUCUGAUUAGCGAAUGACACAACUUAGCGUCAUUUUUUUUUUUUUUGAAUUUUUCAGUUUUUUUUUUGGCUUAAUUUAAUGGAUAUUUGCAUGGAUGAUAACUGAAAACUGAAUUUUCAAGUUUUAUUCAGUUUUGAGAUUUUUGAAUUUUUUUCAGCAGUUUUUUUUGGUUUAAUUUUGUUGAAAAUUAUGGAAAAAAAUCAUGAUAUUUGCAGUGUUUGAUAGCUGAUAAAUUAAAUUUGAAAAUUUUGAGCAGUUUUUUGGUUUAAUUUGUUGGAUAUUAUGAAGAAAAAAAAAUCGUGAUAUUUGCAGUGAUUGAUAACUGAUAAGUGAAUUUUCGAAAAAUUUGUUUUUUUUUUUUUCAGUCGACAAUUUUUUUUUUUUUUUUUUUUUUUGAAAUGGAGAAAAGUGAGGGAGGAGAGUCAUCGGAGACAGGUGUUACCUCGGCCGUAGCUACGGCGGCGGUAGAUUUUCCGGCGAAGAAGUUAGCUAGACAGCUGGAUUUCACGGUGUUUGGUCAAACUCCGGUGACAGGUGUGACGGAGCCAGGUCAGCAUAGUCAAGUGGGCCCACAAAUAGUGCCAGUGAAGUUAACGCCGUUAACAAGGCCACAAUUACAGUUACAGCAGCAACAACAUAUGGUGUUGAUGCCAAUGAAACAAACUGUUGCGCUGGCAAAUUCAACUACUAGUCUUCCUUUAAUUAGACCUCCGAAACCAGAAUCUCCAAGAGCACGUCCAAGGCAAAGUGCUAGUGAAGUAAAAGAUGGUACUCCGAAAAAGCAAAAGCAGUGCAACUGCAAACACUCUCGAUGUCUAAAGUUGUAUUGUGAAUGCUUUGCAUCUGGCAUAUACUGUGAUGGGUGCAAUUGUAACAAUUGUCAUAACAAUGUUGAAAAUGAGCCUGCUAGGCGCGAAGCAGUUGAAGCUACUUUAGAGCGUAAUCCACAUGCAUUCAGGCCUAAAAUUGCCAGCAGUCCACAUGGAGCUCGAGAUAAUACGGAGGAAACUGGGGAUGGCGUAGUCUUGGCAAAGCAUAACAAAGGAUGCCACUGCAAGAAAUCAGGUUGCCUCAAGAAGUACUGUGAGUGCUUCCAAGCCAACAUUCUUUGCUCUGAAAAUUGUAAAUGCAUGGACUGCAAAAAUUUCGAAGGAAGUGAAGAGAGGCAGGCUCUUUUCCAUGGAGAUCAUGCAAACAAUAUGGCAUAUCUCCAGCAGGCGGCAAAUGCUGCUAUUACAGGUGCCAUUGGAUCCUCCGGUUAUGGAUCUCCUCCGGUGAGCAAGAAAAGAAAGGGCCAGGAGCUGUUCUUUGGGUCAACAAUUAAGGACCCUGUUCACAGGCACGGACAACUCCACCAGGCGAACCAUAUUAAAUCUUCUGCCCUACCUUCAUUAUCUUCAAUGCCUAGUCCAUGUGUUGGAAAUGCUGCGACGGUGGGCCCUUCCAAGUUUACUUACAGGUCUCUGUUGGCAGACCUCAUCCAACCACAGGACUUGAAGGAACUUUGCUCAGUUUUGGUUGUUUAUUCAGGAGAAGCAGCGAAGAUGCUGGCAGAUGAAAAGGAUGCUUCACAAAAACAGGCUGAGGGCCAGACGGAAGCUUCCCUUGCUUCAUCAACUCAGGAGCGAGUACAAAACCAGAAAGAUUCUGGUACUGAGAAGGAUAUGCUUGAGUGUAGUUCAAGUGGGGACCAGGGUGAGAAAAUCAGCAUGGGAGAGUCUAGUUUGGGUGGUGCUGAUGUAUCAAAAAGGCGGCCAAUGUCUCCAGGGACUUUAGCACUAAUGUGUGAUGAAUCAGACACCAUGUUUUCAGCUAACGUUGCUUCCUCUAAUGAUCUAGCAACUCUUAGCUGUAAUACCUCUUCUCAAUUGCCCCAUGGGCAAGGCAUGACGGAAACAUAUGCAGAACAGGAAAGGAUCGUGUUGACGAAAUUUCGUGAUUGUCUUAAUAGACUUAUUACUCUAGGAGAAAUAAAAGAAACAAAAUGUUCUUCAAUGGUGCGAGGUGCUGACUCUGUUGAUCAAAAAGACAUGAUUGGUAAUGGUUUUACUAUGACUGAAACGAGGAACCAACAUGAUUCCUUUAACAACGGCGUUGCCAAAUCUGCUCUUCCUCAGCCAAGAACAACUCAGAUGUUUAGUGCAGUAGUAACUACUGCUAAUAAUAACACACUUCCUAAAGUUCAUCGUCCAGAUGAGAAUGGGGAUGUCAAGCCAAAAAUCUGAAAAGAAAAAAAAAAUGUAGUUAGUUUUAGAAUGAGAUUUGCCUAUAACUGCUUCAUCUUUGUAAUAUUAGGCUUUUAUUCAUUCAUCUUUUCUUCGAUGUAGCAGCAAGAUUCAUUAAGGCGCGAUUUGUUAGAACUAACAAGCCUUGUAACUUCUAGCACAUUUGCUUUAAUGCAGUAUCAAUCAAAAUUGCAUUUUGCUUA